UUUCCUGUUAUUAUCGCGAUGUGGAACAGCCAAUCGGCGCACGCGUCAACAUCGCAGCCCGGAAGAAGGAAGCUCAAACCAAAAAGAGCGCCUUGAUUAAAAAGUGGAAACGUUACUUGAAGUGUCUUCCUCGUCGCUCCCGCCAUGAGUUUCUCCCCUGGUCCUGCCGGUCCCCUCGGGGGCACCAAUAUCCAGGAGCAGAGGGACCGCUGGGAGAGAAAACGCAGCCGAACAGCCAGAGAGUUGGUGCACACAGAACAACGCUACUGCCAACAGCUGGAGCUGGUCACCACUUACUUUGUGGAGAUCUUGAAGGCCAAAGGAACCCUGAGGCAGGACAUUAGAGAAAGCAUCUUCAGUUCAAUUAAAGCCAUUCAUUCUGUAAACCAAUCUCUGAUGGUCCAUUUGGAAAAUGGCUACUUUGGCCGAGGUUUCGAGCAGAUCUGUCCACAGCUACACCACUACAACACGUACGUGGACAACAUCUAUAAAGCCAGCAAGGUGCUCGGGAUCCAGAUGAAGAAAAACAAGGCCUUCAGACGUUUUAAGAAACUACAGGAAGCCCGACCAGAGUUCAACAACCAAAAGCUCGAGGACUUACUUCAACUUCCCAUUCAGCGGAUCGAUCAGUAUAAACAUUUCCUACAGGACCUGACUGCCAACACAAGUCCAGACAACCCAGAGUUUCAGCAGCUUUCAAGUGCGGUGACUGCGGUGUGCGACGUGUCCCAGCGUAUCCAGAACAAUACCCGGCGCCAUGAGAACCACCUGCAGCUUUGCCGGGUGCAGAAACUGCUGAAAGGGCGAAAGACGAAGGUGUUGGCUGCAGGGAGGUGGUACAUCCGCGAGGGCUGGCUCAAUGUGGUUCCUCAAAAAGGUAAAGACGCUAAGCCCAAGAUGUUCUUCCUGUUCUCCGACAUGCUGCUGCAAGCCAAGCGCUGCAGCCCACUGCAACUGGCCAACAAGGACAAGUUUGCCGGCCAGCACGCCUACCCCCUGCAGGACUGCACUGUGGACAAGGUGUUUGGUCACACCAAGAGCAAGGGAGGCCUGCUCAGCUUGACCUUCCCCAAAGCCAAACUUCUGCUGAUGUCCUGCAACCGGGAGGAUUUCAAUGACUGGCACCAAAGCCUGAGCUCAGCCAUCAGUAAGCUGCAGUCUAAGGAGACCGUGGUCCAUCAGAGAGAUGAGUUGUGCAGGAGACCCCUCCGAUCAGGUGACGACAGCCACAACAUGCCGAGCAGCAGCAGCAGCAACCCUGGCAGGAAGAGAAACAUGGUGAGCGCAGAGACCAGUGAGCACGCUCAGAUGCCUCCAUCUGAGUGGGAGGGCGGCGCCCCCAAGAGGAUGAAGCAGGCUGCCGCUCCAGAGCAGAGCAGUGCAGAGGCGUCCACUUCCAGCUGCGCGAUCCUCUGAGCGACCGUCAGUCUGAGAUGACGGUGGAUCCUGCACGGGUCCGUCUGAGAGUUUCACUUCAGACGGACUUUAGUGUUCCAUUCGGUUUUUUUGCCAAACAUGCAACUAUUUAUCUGUGCUGAUAACAUUUAGUUUUCACUGUGCAUUUGUACUGUGCAGGUCAGGAGAUUUAGAUUCUUUACUAACAGCAGCUUCAGCUUCUGCUCAUCCUGUGCAAUAUUAAGCAUCUUGUUCCGCUGCUUUAAAGACCAAAUAUCUAAAGAAUGUUAAACUGUAUGUUGCUGCUACUUGUCUACACUUACAAUGUUGUAACACCAACACUGCAGUACAGCAGUGUAUUCAUGCGUUCACUUCUGGAAGUCCUUUUCUCGGGUUAAGGGUCCCUGAAUGCACCACUCCAGCAGUCUUUUCAUUUCGUCACACUAGUGGCCGACUUUAGAAAGGAAGGAUUUUAUUUAUUAUUUUAUAGUAUUGGGAGAGGCUCUAAAAUAAAAUAUACAUGCGUGGGUGUCAAACUGGCCAAUAUUAUAUAAAUACAAUUAUGAAAAUAGAUAGAAUUAAACCUUAUGAAUAGAGUAAAAUAUAGCAUAUAUGAACAAAGAAUUAGAAAAAGUCUAAUAAAAGCAUCAAAUAAGACACUAAAAAUAAGAAUGAUGAAGUAACAUAUUACAAUAAUAAGUUCAGUAAGCUGUUUCAUCAUUUCAUAUUAGUAUAUAUACAUCAUUUAUUUUAUAAUGUCUUAUUUUUAUUGUAUUUAAUACAUGAUAAUGUUCUAUAAUAAUGACUGGGAAUUUAUUUGCCCAGAAAUGUUUUAUCGCUGCCGACUAAAACUCCUCCCGACUCCAUCACACAGCUUUACUGUCUCACACCAACAUCUGUUCAAAUGUACAAUAUUGUGAAUGUCUGAUUUAAUUGUACAACUCAUAGCUUUUACAUGUGAGACACAUUGUGGCGGAUUCUUUUAUUAUUAUUAUUAUUAUUAUUAUAAAUGGAAUAAGUGCAUUUAAUCAGCUGCACUGUAUUCCAGAGAUGACUGAUUGAUUUCUUCUGCAUCCAGGCAAGAAAACCUGGUUAACAGAUGUUUUUAUUACAUUGUGUGCCUUUAUUAUAUCCUUUAAUCAUAUCCCUUUUAUUAACGAAUCAACUAAUAUUUGCAUCUCUGCAAAAGUCUUAUAUUUUAUUUACACUAUUUCACAUUUGUAAGCUUAGGGUGUAUUUUACAGAUAAUUUCUAAUAUCUUGUUUUUACACCUUUUUGCGUUCUAAAGCUGUUACACUUGUUAAAAGUCAUGAACGGAGAAAUCCUUUAAAUUUCCCAAUAAAAC